AUGCUGAGCUCCGGCGGCGGUUUGCAUCCGGGUUUUUUGAGUGUGCCGUCCUCCGCUUCGUCGUCUGCGACGUCGGGUCCGUCUUCGACUUCGAACUUUUUCUCGCACGCCGCCUCUCCAGCUGUUCUCUCGCCGCCUGUGCACGAGGUGGCCACGAGCGGCGUGCACUUUCUCCAACAAGAAGUCGCGAGCUAUGCCGCGCUUCGAAGCGGCGGGAACCGUCGAGAGACUCUCGCGACGCUCGAGGCCGCAGGGUUCCAGAUCGGCGUGAGGCUCCUGGAGCGUCUCUCGCUGCGGCUUCAGACGCGCAUGUGGGAGCAGCGCGAAUGCCUGAAAUUCGUGUGCAAGGAUCUCUGGCAAAUCCUCUUUCAGAAACAGGCGGACCGUCUCCAAACCAACCGCCGGGGUGGAUACGUGAUUCAAGACCACAGCCUCCCGUGGCUCCGACGCCUGCGACCAGCCGUCCCAGGCGAAAACGCGAAACUCCCGACGGAAGCCUUCGCGGGGGCGUACACCGCAACGGGCUCCGAGCGCGAAGACCGCGAGGGCGAGAACCGCACACGCGAGAACGCAAGGAAAGAGAGCGAGGCAGCAGCCAAGCUGCAAGCAGAAGGCGCCGUCGCGGCUCUGUGCGAGGAACCUCUCGUCCACGUCUCGCUCGUGUGCGGAAUCAUUCGGGGCGCACUCGCAAACAUGGGUCUUUCGUGCACCGUCACUGCAGAUGCGUCUGCCAGCCCAAACUGCUCUUUCCAAAUCCGAAUUCCUUCUUGA